AUGCUGCGGAAACAGUCGCAGGAAGUCAUAUUUCUUCGUAACGCCCUCAAUCGCAUCGAGUCGAGUGUAUUUACUCCAACAAAAACAACGAGAAAACAGCAGCACCAUCAGCGACUAGAAGGAGGGGUGGAGGACGAUGAAGAGGGCACAACGCUGCUGGAACACCUGGCGCGUGCAGGGGACGACGGCGUGAAUCCGGCGCCACAGACGGACACGGGCAGCACGACGGAGGCGUGCUUCGAUCAGCUGCACGCGGCGCUCGUGGGCGCUCUCGACGAGGCAGCGCGGCGUGUGGUGACUGAGAGCUGCCCUGCACGCCUCUGUGCGGAUGCGGCGCCCGGCCCGAAGUGA